GGUGCCCACAACUGUCGUGUCCGGCAUGGGAGUGUUACAUGGCGAAGUGCCACCUACCAACCGCGCCGUGCAGUCGGAAGAGACGGAACCCUCCGUGACAUCCGUAAGCGACCUGUGUAGGAGCGCUGAAGCAGUCACGGACGAAAACGUCGCCAAACUGUCUGCGGACGCCACACAAAAGAUGGACAAUGUAGCCCCUAAGAUCCCGGUUGUGUCAUCACAAGAGACGAACAAGCCCAGCAGAGGGAGUGUGUUGGCUCGCCCGCUGUUGGUUUGUCUAUUCGUCGAGCGGCGGUAACGCCGCCCGCGCGUGUGUUUGGUCAACAUAUUUCCUUCACCCACAAUAGCUUAUUACCCCCUCGUCAUUGACUACGCCCAGGUCCCCGACGACAAAAGUCU